GUCCGCGUCGGCCGCCUAUCUCCCGGACUCGGUUCGUGUUCCCACAGUGGGAGAGGAGAGGAGAGGAGAGGAGAGGCGAGAGAUGGUGUCGCUGAAGCUCCAGAAGCGGCUCGCCGCGAGCGUCCUCAAGUGUGGGAGGGGAAAGGUGUGGCUCGACCCCAAUGAGGUCAACGAGAUCUCCAUGGCCAACUCCCGCCAAAAUGUUAGAAAGCUUGUGAAGGAUGGUUUUAUCAUCAGGAAGCCAACCAAGAUUCACUCACGGUCUCGUGCAAGGAGGGCACUGGAAGCAAAGAGAAAAGGGCGACAUUCUGGAUAUGGAAAGCGCAGGGGCACGAGAGAAGCUAGACUUCCAACUAAGGUACUUUGGAUGCGAAGGAUGCGAGUUCUUAGACGGUUGCUGCGGAAGUAUCGUGAAUCAAAGAAGAUUGACAAGCACAUGUACCAUGACAUGUACAUGAAAGUCAAAGGUAAUGUUUUUAAGAACAAGAGGGUGCUGAUGGAAAGUAUUCAUAAAUCCAAAGCUGAAAAGGCAAGAGAGAAGACCUUAUCUGACCAGUUUGAAGCUAAACGAGCCAAGAGCAAGGCUAGCAGAGAAAGGAAGAUUGCUAGGAGAGAGGAACGCCUGGCUCAGGGGACUGGAGACCGCGUACCUGCUGCACAACCUAUUGCAUCUGCGUUUGAUUCCGUGGAAGAAACCCCGGUGCUAUCUGAACCCUCCUCUCUCAUUUCGGCUUCUUCCGCGGAUGAUCCUGCAAUAUCUUGUGAUCCAGUUGAUGACACUUCUUCCAUUUCAUUUAUGUCCUUCAUGCAUUCUAGACGGAUUUGUACGGUAUUGUUUAUAUUUCACAGUAUAAAUAUGCAAUUAGCAUCUCUGUAUCAUCAAAUUUUCGUGGCACAAAAUAUUAUACAGCAAAAGAGUCACGAAAAAGGAAGAGGAGAAGCAGGUGAAAUGGCCGCCUUAACGAGCCUAUGCCCGCCGGCGACUCCGAAGCCCUCCUCCGCCGUUCGAUCUACGCCUCCUGUGGUCUUCGCCGGUCGGAGGAAGUGGGCGGAAUCCCGGCGGAGGACCGGUGGAGUCGUCGCCUCCAGACUCGGGGCCGAUGCCUCCGACCCGCUGCUCCAGGCGGCUCUCCGUGCCGCUUCUCUUCGCUUCCAAGAGUCGCUCCGCCCAGCAGAUCCUCUUUUUGUUGAUCCAUACUCCGGUUGCCUUCUUUCUCCUACUGUUAGCCAUGAGGAUUUGGAGGAUAAGUGUUUACCUUCUUUGCGCCACUAUAGGUGGACGACAAAAUAUGUUGAUGAUAAAUUGCUUGCUUUGCUGGGAACUAUGGAUGAGCUUAGUCAGAUUGUUUUGUUGACAGAUGGUAUGGACACACGUCCGUAUAGGCUGAGUUGGCCAUUUUCAUGUGUCAUAUUUGACAUCUCUCCCCAGAGUGUCUUCAAUGUGGCUUCUCAAAAACUAAAAGGUACAGGAGCUAAAAUUGGGAGAAACUGUAAUUUAGUUCAUGUUCCUCUAGAGUCGAUUGAUUUGCAGGCUGCCUUGUACAAGAAGGGUUUUAGUGGGAAUAAGCCAAGUUUAUGGGCCAUCCAGGGGCUGCCCAUAUCAACUUUGACAAGCUUGAAAGGUAUAUUAUCCCUUGUAAGCAGUUCAGCUAUGAAAGGAAGCAUUCUCAUGGGAGAAUUGCCAGACUUUUUGGCAGGGGCUGAAUUUGAAACAAAGGAAAAGAGACAUCAGUGGACAGAUAAACUUUUUAUGAGCCAUGGCUUCCGAGUUAAUGUCGUUGGGUACGAUGAGAUUGCAAAAAACGUGGACUUAGAUGAGCCGUUUGAUGACACCAGAAAUAUAGUAUUUAGUGCUGAGCAAUUGCGAUUUUCUGAUGCUGAGAUGGAGUCAUGGAGGGCACAUCUGGAAAGGAUAGAGCAGGAAGGAGAUGAAGAAGGAUUUGAGGAAUUGUAGCUUUUUGAAGGAAUAAUGCCCUUGGAGCAACAAUUAGCAUUCAUUCACAUCAGUUAUAUUGGAGUUUGCCUGAACAUUUCUAUGUUCCAAAUAGCUAUUUAAUUUGACAUUUUGUCAAAUUAAUAUUUGAAGCUCACAAGACUCCCUUUGUGUUCUAGGUUUGUGGAGUGGCAAAGUCAGGUUAUUUGUGAUCUAUUUAUUGGUAGGGAAAGUAAUCUUUAUUUUGUCACGAAGAAUACAAUUAUUCCGCCUUGGCUACUUUCAUCGAA